AUGAGUAGAAGUAAUACUCAACCUACUCAUAGUCCAAUUGACUCAUUAUCUGGAAAUCAUGAAAACGAAUGCAAUAUCGAUCAACUAUUAUUUGUAGAACCUAUACCUACAAAUCAAUCACAGUCAAUAUCAUUUAAUAUGACAAAUAUGGUUCCAAGUCAAAUACCAAUGAGUGUGAAUGCUUUUGAACAUAACAAUAUGACUCAACGACGAGAAAUUCGGCGAAACAGACGCCGACGACAACGUCAACGAAGGCGAGAACGACGUGAGGCACUACGACAACAACAGCAACAGCAACAACAACAUCUACAAUCACGACAUCAAAGACGACGUUAUCCGCGUCGAAGUGGACAGAGACGACAGGAACGAUAUCAACGAUGGCAAGCACGUCUACGUCAAUGGGAACUCGAACGUAAUCAACGAUCACAACGGCGCCGACAAGAAGCUUUUACUUAUGUCAGAUUUGACUCUUUGGAUUCAUAUGAAGAACUGAUAGAUGAAAUUUUCGAUGAAACACUCUUAGAAGUAUAUGAAUGGGAGAAAACGGAUCCAAAUGAACGAUGGGAACAAGAACAAAUAAAUGAAUUAGAAGGACUUCCUGUUUUCGAACAUAUCGAACAAUUAACAUUAAUACAAGAUGAACUCGAACAAUUAGAACAAAUUAAUCAUAUUCAAAUAUUAAAAGAAGAAGAACAGCAUUUUCAGCUGGAACAACGUGAACAAGAUGAAUCAAUCGAGUUAAAAGAUCCUUGCGUUCUAGAAUAUAUAUCACGAAUGGAAGACGAUAUUGAACAAUUAAGACAAAUUGAUGCUCUUCAAACGAUUGAUGAUGAAAUACUUGAAGAGCAAAAGGAAAAACGAGAUAAUGAGGAAAUAAUUCAGAUGCAACAAUGGGAACAUAUCGCAUUCUUACUUCAACAGUUCAAUCAAACUUAG